AUGUAUUCUACGUGGAAAUUAAACCAGCUCAAAGAAGAAUUAAAGAAAAGAGGUGCGUCCUGUAGUGGAAGGAAGGCAGACCUUGUAGAGAGGUUAGAGGCGUAUGAUAGAAAUUUUAACUUCACUGAUAAAUCGUAUUCCCCAGAACCAGUACAAGGCGAAGUUAUGAUCAUACCAAAAGACGAUUUUUAUAAAGAUAUUAACAGCAAUACCCCAUUGCCACCAUUAAAUAAACACCAAAUACAAGAGUAUUUUGGAGAGGCUGUCUCAAUAAAUGAUUUUACAUAUGUAAAAGGUUUUUGUAAAGCAGCAAUGAGAAAAACUCAGUAUGAGGUAAAUAUUAAAUUAUACAAAAAUGGUAUAUUAGAAGAGACUAAUUGUGAAUGUACAGCUGGAUCUGGAGUUAAUUCACAGUGCAAGCAUGUUGCUACUGUAUUGUUUGGCACAGUUGAUAUGAUUGAACAUAAAACUAUAGUAUUAGAGGAAGUGUCUACUCAAAAGCUACAGAGCUUUAACCAGCCCAAGAAAAAAUAUUUUUCCUCACCUCUGAAAGCACAGAAUUUACCUUAUAAAAGAACUGAAGGGAAUUUGAAUUUUCAUCCGUAUAGGGGUAUUAUCAACAAAGACAAAUAUAAUGAAAGAAUACGGAAUCUUGUCUUAAAUUGUACAGGCAGUACUAUGCCUUUAAGGCAACUAUAUAAACCUGCAAAUCCUUAUGCAGUCGAGUGGGAUCAUGGCAGUUACAGUGUUUCUUUAAAAGAUAAAAUUUUGAAAUCCUUAUAUUUAAAAAAUGUUACCUUAGAAGAUAUUGAAAAUAUCGAAAGAGACACUAGAAUGCAAAGUCAAAAUGAAAAUUGGUAUCUACACAGAAAAAAUCGUCUCACAGCAAGUAAUUUUCAUACAAUUUGCCAUUUGAGUGUCCAAAACAUGCCCAGCUUUGCAAAGAACAUAAUGUCCAGACGGAGUGUGUCAACCAGAGCUACAAAUCAUGGCAAAAUUAGUGAAAAAGUAGCCCUAAAACAAUAUUGUGAUAAAUAUGCACUUGAUGUCAAAGAAUGUGGCUUAUUCAUUAAUAAAGAGAAACCAUAUUUAGGUGCUUCUCCUGAUGGAUUACUUGGAAAUAACACAAUUAUUGAAGUAAAAUGCCCUUACUCAACUCGGUAUGGCUCCAUAAAUCCGGUUAAUGUACCUUAUCUGUGUCUAGAAAAUGGAGAACUGCAAAUAAAAAAAACACAUCCCUAUUACUAUCAGAUACAAGGCCAACUAUUUUGUACUAACCGAGAAUUCUGUAAUCUUAUCAUCUAUACAUAUAAAGAUCUCCAGGUUGUGUAUAUCACAAAGGAUGAAUGUUUUAUAGCAGAAAUGGUUAAGAAAUUGGACCUCUUCUAUAAAAACUACUUCGAAGAAGCUGUUUUAAAUAAAUAUUUAUAUAAGUACUAUGCAGAAAUAAUAAAACCUUGA